GCAACGUGUAUGGUUUGAAUUAUGUGAAGCCAGCUCCUGUUUCUUAAAGAACUGUAGGUUUUCUGUAAGUCUUAUAGCUGGGUAAUUGGAAACGUCACCAGCUACAGGAAGUGGCCCAGUGGAAAUUAUUUGCCGUUCGAACAGCCAUUAUCUUUCAAUCUCACCAGAAAGGAAGUGUCAGCCUCUCGCAUCUUCCGAGCUUUUUCCUUCGUGGCUCCCGCGGAGGAUCCCCUGAAAAAUGCUCCCGCAUAACAUGACCUGGAUGAAGUACCCGAGCCUGAGCAAAGAUUCCUCCACCGACUUCGAACAGAUUAUAUUUGCACAACAAGUCAUCUCAAGGUUCAUGCACGCCUACAUCGGUUUCUUCGUGCCGCCGGGUUUGUUAGCCGGCAUGGUUAUCUUGGGCGUUUGCAUCCAGAAUUAUCGAAGUCAUGUCCUGGACAAAUUAGACGUCUUGUUUUUCUCCCAGACGGUCAGCAACAUCUUUGUCGUCCUCCUCUCGCUCACCCUUGCCGUGCGGCCGGCUUACCUCCGAUUGUCUUACCUCGGGUGUGGAUCGCUCUCGUUCUUCUUCAACCUGGGCUACUUCUCGUCUCAGUUCCUCCUCCUCUUAAUCAUCCUGAGCCUUUUCCUCAGCAGGCGCCCGGCCCAAAACGCUCUGAUCAGCAAGGCGCACCAAAGCCCAGGCGUGUGUGUGGCUUUCAUCCUGAUGGGUAGCUUCUGCGCCGCCUUGAUGCUGAGCGCGCUGCUGGGCAUCGAGCAUUACCAGGAAGAAACGGACUGCCAGCUGGACCCUUUGUUUGCCUGGCCUGAAUACGAGAUCGUUAAAUUUGCCUUGGGGUUCGGCGCUCCGACGUUGGCCGAGCUCCUCCUCUCUAUUCUAGCAUUUGUGAAAAAGACGCCGGUGGGUCGAUACGCCUCCGGGAAAAACAGCCAGCCACUUUGGGCUGUUUCAGCCAUGGCGGCAAGCAUGCUGUCAUGCCGUCUGUUUUACAACGUCCUGAUCCUGUCCAGGGCCACCUUGAAGAUCAAGGGAGAGGCGGGGACUGUUCAGAAUGAGCUGAUCAUGAAUAUCGCGGAGGUGGUUUUGUUCUGCGACAGCUGCACAAGUUUGGUGCUUCUCCUCUUCCUGCACCCCUCCUACAGGACGGCCCUGUUGAAUGCACUUAAACAUCUCACAAGGGGUUGUGGGAGGGGGAGACGGGGCGCCAACAGGGCCGGUGGAAUUCAAGGCAAUGAAACUGGGCUUUCCGAAAUGCGCUGACAAAGAUGGUCAUGACAUCAAAAGCCGGCCACUUGGCAACUGGUUCAUGUUUGUGACAGCUGCCAUAUCUUGGGGUCAAAGGAUCCCCCUUUGCAACCUUGGGGCCAGCAAAGUCCCUGGGGGAAGCCAGAUUCACUUAACAACCGUGUUACUAGCUUAAUGACAAGUUUGCUUAACGACUGUGACAAGAAAAGAUGGUAAAACGGGACAAAGCUCUCUUUAACAAACGUCUCUCACUCAUCCACAUGAAUCCUGGGCUCGACAGCCAUCGUAAGUCGAGGACUGCCUGGAAAUACGUCCAAGCCAGCCUAUGAAAGCAUCCAGCUUUUGAGAUCCGAACCGGCAGAAAAUCUGGCGACCUUCCGAAAGGUUUUGCAGCUUUGAUGAGCUUAGGAGUAAAGAGCAAUCGGGAAAGAAAGAGCUAAAACUUAACCACACAUCACAAAAGGAUGCCAGCGAUGGCCGGCACGAGACAGGGAGCUUGACAACCAGAAAAUGUGGAUUGCGCUGUCAACGGCAAAGGAAGAAUCUUGUUUGCAAAGCGACAAGGGGAAGGAAACAGGUUGGCUUAGCAAAGAAAUAGCAGGGCUCGGGCUUGGAAAUUCCCUUCUCGGGGAUGAGAAGAGGCUUAGGGGGGAUUUGCUAAUUUCUGGCCAAAGUAAGGCCACACCUAGAGUACUGUAUCCAGUUUUGGUCACCACACCUACAAGGU